AACAAUAUUUGAUAAACUUCUUUGUAGUAAACUUAAACAGAACUGCGUGUAUUUAUAGAUGUUCGAUUUUUAAUUAGAAAACAUAGUGUUAACAUGAACGUUCAUUUUGUUAUUAUUUUUUUACUAUUUAUUGCUGUUGAUUUUAGCAGUAGUCUUAAAAUCCUAGGUGUGUUUCCUUAUUGUGCACACAGUCAUUUCAGUUUAGGAUUUCGACUUAUGAAAGAAUUAGCUGAUCGAGGACAUAACGUUACUUUUGUGAGUUGUUACCCUCAAAGCAAGCCAAUAAAAAAUUUUCGGGAAAUUUCUGUGUCCGAAAUUAGGGGACCCAUAGAUGAGACGAAACCAUCUUUGGUUGAUUUUGGAAAAUUUUCAGUAUGGAGUCAGAUGAAUUGGGUAUCUGCAUUGGGUGAAUUAUAUACUAGAGGAGUACUGAGUAGCAAGGGUGUACAAGAGCUUUGGAAAUCGAAUGAAGAGUUUGAUGUUGUCGUAAUAGAGCACUUCGUAAAUGACGCACUAACUUAUUUUCAUAAAAGAUUCAACUGUCCGUUAGUAACUUUAGUUGCUGGACCUACGACUAUGUUUACCAAUCAUAUGGCAGGAAUCCCUAUUCUACCAGCGUUUGUUCCAAAUAUAUUGAGUGAUUACGAUUCAAAGAUGAAUUUUUGGGAGAGAUUGGACAAUACCUAUAAACAAGUUCUUGGAGAAAUAUUUGUACGUUCGGUACACGUACCAUCGCAGAAUAAUAUCUUGAGAGAAUUUUUCCCGGAUGCGCCAGACCUAAGAACUUUCCUGUAUAACUCUAGUAUAUUCUUGAUAUGCUCGCACACGAGCCUCUCCGAUGUAGUACCAUUACAACAGAACAUUAAAGAAAUCGGUGGUUACCACGUACCACCACCUAAGCCUCUAUCAGAAGAAUACAAGAUUUUCAUGGAAAAUGCUACACAAGGAGUUAUAUUAUUUUCUAUGGGAUCAAAUUUGAAAAGUGCUAAUUUCGAGCCCGAGAAGAAAAGAGCGAUAUUAAAAACGUUUUCGAGAAUUAAACAAAAAGUGAUAUGGAAAUUUGAAUCUGAUCUUCCAGAAAAACCUGACAAUGUGUUUAUCAGUAGCUGGUUACCACAAUCGGAUAUUUUAGCUCAUCCAAAUACAAUAGGAUUCAUUUCUCAUGGGGGUUUACUUGGUACAACCGAAGCAAUUUAUCACGGGGUACCUAUAUUGGGUUUACCGACAUUUUGGGAUCAGAAAAAAAAUAUUGAGGAAGCAUCACGCAAAGGAUACGGACUCAAACUGGAUUUUGAGAAUUUGAAUGAAGAAGUGUUUGCCGCAGCUCUUGACGAGUUGAUUAAUAAUCCGAAAUAUUCAACUACUGCAAAGGAAAGAUCUAGAAUAAUGCAUGACUUGCCAAUGAAGCAAAUAGACGAAGCAGUUUUCUGGAUAGAGUACGUGGUUAGACAUAAAGGAGCCGCACAUUUAAAACCGGCUGCAGUCACACUCAAAUGGUACGAGAUGUAUUUAUUGGAUGUAUUACUAUUUCUUCUAACAAUUGCUGCAAUUAUUUUUUAUGUUACCAAAACUGUUGUAAAGUUAUUGAUCUGUAGAAAGAAGACAUUUGUAGACAAAAAUAAAAGCGAUUGAUUACGAUUUGAAAACUUACAAAAUUGUGAGUGCGCAAGUUUGUUAAUAACAUAAAUAAUAAAGUUUAUGAAACAAA